CUUUUUCAAUAUUAUUAUAAAUAUAAUAAACUGAAGAAAAAAUGAAACCAAAGUUCAUUUACAUAUUAUGGCUACCAUUAUCAUUAUUAUGGCUACUACUACUACUACUACUAUUACUGUUAUCGAUAAUGCCAUUUCCAGAUGUUGUCUAUGGAUAUCAUAUGAACAAUAAUAAUGAUCCAACAGGUGUCGUUGUUGAUGAUUUAAAUGUUGAAUGUCCAUUAUCAUAUUUAAUUGAAUUGAAAACCGCUUCGAAUCAUCUAUAUUCAAUCGAUAAAACAACAACAACAACGAAUAUUACAUAUGUCAAUCAAGAUGCUGAUAUAUAUUUUACAGUAUUUCUUCCUGCAUUCGAUUGUCGUCUGGAUACAAUACAGAAACGUGAUUCAUUAAUAUAUUUAAAUGCAAUAAAAUAUGCAUUAAAUCUAUUAAAUCAUCACCAACAUAAUGGUAACGAUCAACAUUCAACGACAAGCGAUGAUAAUAAUCAAACAACGCCAAUAUCAUCAUCAUCAUCAUCACCAUCAUCAUCGUCAUCAUCAUCAUUAUCGAUAUUGAAUCUAUUUCCAUUGUUCUCUUCGAUAAUGAACAAUAGAAAUGGACAAAUGAAUAAACAACGAGUCACUUAUGGUGCUAAAAUCAUUUUCAUCAAUAAUAAUAAUGAUAAUAAUGGCAUUGUUGGUGGUGGCAACGGUCAUCAACGACAGUCUUUUGAUCAUGUUGAACAUUUGAAAUGUGUACCAGUUAAAAAACAACAACAAUCUAUUAAUGAUGAUGUUGAUGAUGAACGAAUGAGAAUCAAAACGAAACAAACAAUAGUACAUGAUUUAGCAUUCAUCGAUGGUGCACAAAUAUUUGAUAAGAACAAUAAAGAAGCAUUGGAUAAACAUAUACCAAUAAUACCAUUAACAACAUCCGAAUCAAUUUUGACCGCACCAUUUCGUGCCAGUUUAAUCAUCAAUCUGCUUGAUAUACUUGAAUGGAAACAUUUUUCCAUAAUCACUUCACGUAAUGAAGAUUCAUUGUAUAUUGUCAAAAUACUAGGUCAAUUGACUCAUAAUGAACAAAUUUGCAUUAGCGAUUUAUUAGAAUUGCCUACAAUCAAUAAUGAAUUAGAUGAAACAAUUAUUUGGUCACAAUUUGAACAACGUCUUUAUACAUUCAUUAAUGCUAUAUUUCAUCCGGCCAAACGAAUACCGAUAUUGGUCAUAUCAAGUGAUCAAAAUGAAUUGAUACGUAUAACGGAAUUAUUGUCAAAAAAUUAUGAUAAACAGAUACAAAAUCAUCAAUUUUUCUUUACAAUCAUACCAUCACCGGAACUAUUGAUUCGCCUGCAAUAUUUAUCGCAAUCAACCAAAGUAUUGACUUUAACAUCAAAAUUACCAGAUGUACCACUAUUGAAAGAGACAAAGGAUUGUUUCAAUAUUAAUGACCAAAAUUUCAAUAAUGACAUUUGGAAAAAUUGGCUUUCAUUUUCACCAAUACGUUAUAUUGUAUUCAUGUCAAUUGCACUUAAUCUAGCACGUAAUGAUAUCUGUGUCAAUAAUAACAAUAACAAUAACAAUAGUGAUCGAACGACAAUCACCGAUUUUUGGUGUGAUGAUCUUAUCCAAUUUGAACGGAAAUUAUUUUUCAAUUAUCUAAGCGAUCUAGAAGAUAAAGUUGAAAUGCCUGUUAUGAGUCUUAGUUCAAUAGAUAAAUCGGGUCAUUAUCAAGAUUUAUUAUUAUAUAAUGGAAAUGAAUUUAAAUUUGUUGAUGCUGAUUAUUCAUUGGAUCAAAGUAAUUGUAUUAAUAAUAAUGAUUGUCAAUCAUGUAUUAAAUUUCGUCAAUCACGUACACAAGCAAUGUUGGAUGAUGAUGAUUUGGCUAGUAAUACUAGUGAUGAUGAAGAUGUAAAUCAUAAUAAUGAUAAAACUAGUCACGAAGAUUUAAAUCAUAGACAUCAUCAUCAUCAUCAUAAUCAUCCGCAGACAAAUUCUAUAUUAAAUGAUGAAAAAAAUAAUGUAGUGGCCACUAGCAACAAUAAUGAAGAUGAAGAAAUGGUACCGAAUGAAGAUGUAUCAAUGAUGCAUGUUGAAACAUAUGAAAUUACACUUGGUCUAUUACUUCCUUUACAUAAAAUUGGUAGCUCUAUAUUGGAUUGUUCAUCGGAACUUAAUUUACCUGCAUAUUAUAUUUAUGAAGCAUCCAAAUGGAUUGUUGAAAAAAUCAAUCAAAAUAAUUAUCUUAUACCGGGUAUUGAAAUAAAAUUAGAAUUAAUCGAUACUUGUUCAUCACCAUUCUAUGCAACACAAGAAUUAGCACAUUUGACAAGUUCAGAUGCAAAAGUUCAACCAAUUGCAUUCGUAUCAUCAUUACCACGUGAUCAUUAUAAACAAAUUGUUGAAUUUGUAUCAUCUAUUAAUUAUACAUUGAUUGCAACACAAGAUAUAUCAAUAAUGGAUUUUCCAUUUGGUCCAAAACAUGGUAUACUUCAAACAGCAACAACAAGUCAAUCGUUGAUUAAAACAACCAUUGAACAAUUGAAAUAUUUUGGUUGGCGUUAUGUAUCCAUAGUAAUCGAUCCAACUGAUUUAGUUUCAUCGUCAAUGUAUCAUCAUUUUCAAGAGAUGGCUAUACAGGAAAAAAUUUGUUUCAUAUCAAUAGAAUUUGUUGAUGGUAAUGGUGGUAAUACUACUGUCAAUAAAUUGAUCGAAAAUCAUAAAAAUGGAGCAAACAUUGUCAUUCUAUUCACCAAUUAUGUGAAUACAAUAAAUCUAAUGCAAUCAUAUCGAUCAUACAAUAAAUUCAACAACAAUGAACAUAAUUUUAAUAACAAUUUACAUUUCAUAAUUGUACGUGAUCAAAAUCUUGAACUUGUUUAUGGUUUUGAAGAAGAGUAUUUGGGUUCUAUUUUUAUACGUGAAUCGAUUGGCAAUAUAAAUCAUUUUGACAAUCAUUUUUUGGAUCUUGUUUCCAAUCCAUCAUCAUCAUCAUCAUCAUCAUCAUCAUCAUCGACAUCGACUUCAACUUUAUCAUCGUCGAGAAUAAAAGAUAAAUUGUUACAUCAAUUUAUUAAACAAUGUGGCGUGAAUAGUCAACAAUGUUUACGUACAAUUUCAUCGUUCGAUAAAACGAUCACGACAAAUACAAUGCAAGCAAUUUUAUCUAUUGUUGGAGGUUUCGCACGAAUGCGUAAUCAAACCUGUGCAAAUGAAAAAGGAAUCUGUAAUGAAAUGCUUUACGCUGAUUUUCAUCGUAAUCUUCUCAAAUUUAUUCUCAAUACUCGUUCAAUGCGUAUCGAUUCAGAGUUGGAUAAAAAAUUUAAAAGUGAAAAUUUUGACAUUUUCGAAUUCGCUACCGAUGGUUCAUCGGCUAGAGAUAUAGAAAUAUUGAAUUUUAAACAUGAUCAUUCAAAUGGAUUUUUUCGUUUCGAUAAUGUUGCCUUGUAUAAUCAUAAUCAACAGGCAUUGAUGAAGAAUCCAAAUGUUCGUUAUAUAUUCUAUAAAUUCAAUGGUUUCAUAAAUGGACAUAAAGAAUAUAAUGAAACUGAAUUUAUUGGUUCAGAUUGUAUAAAUCUAAAGAAAUGUAUUCAAUGUGAACCACAAAGUCCGGAAUUUAUUUAUAUGCCAUCAUGGGAUAAUCUAAUUGUUAGCGGUAUUUUCGAUGUACACCAACAUUCAACACAAAAUCCAUUCAUAUGUGAACGAAAUGAAACGAUAUUCGAUAAUAUACAAAAUGUUGAAGCAUUCAUUUGGACUAUUGAUUUAAUUAAUCAAGAUACGAAUAUAUUGCCCGGUGUACAUCUUGGUACAUUAAUCUUUGACACUUGUUCAUCAUAUCAGAAAAUUUAUCGUGAUGUUUCAAAUUUUCUAAGUAAUUCUUUAUUGCUUGGUGAUUAUAAAGUUCAGAUACCAAAUUCUGAAUCAUUAGCCGGUUUUAUUGUCGAUGGUAGUACAACAAAAGUUAUUGAUUCAGUAUUGGAUCUAACAAAACCAUUGAAUAUGUCUGUAUUGGCAACCGAUGCACGUGAAAUCAAAUAUAAUGAUAUUCGUCAUUAUCCACAAUUUCUUGGGUUUUCAUUGCCAAAUAAUAUCUAUGUUGAUGCAAUGAUUAGUUUUUUGAAAAAAUAUUCAUGGACCUAUGUUUCAGUAUUAUAUGAAAAUAAUAAUUUCGUCACCUAUCGUCAUGUGGAUGCAUUUUCAUAUUUUCAACAUAAAGCACAACAAAAUGGUAUACAAAUUGCAACAAAAGAAGCAUUUAAUGAGAAUAAUAUUCCUAACACUAUUAAGAAUCUGAAAUCAUUUGCUCAAAUUGGAUCACGUUUAGUCAUUGCAUUUUUAUCACCGGAAAAUCUAAGAAAAUUUCUUGAAUUUAAUGGUGAACAAUUGGAAGAAAGUGGCCGAUUACAAUCACAUGAAGUAAUGUUUGUGACAAUUGAUUCACAAAAUGUUCUCCAAGAAUUUGCAAGACAACAACCAGAAUCACAAACAAUGAUAAAUGCUAUUAGUUUAGGACCAGAUGAACAUAUUAUUACGGAAUUUGAAGAAUAUUUUUUCGAUUUAUCCAUACAAAAUAAUCAAAAAAAUCCAUGGUUUGUACAAUAUUGGGAAAAAGUGAACAAUUGUAAAGGUUAUAAUUGUAAUAAGAUUCAAACAAAUUUAAGAAAGAAAAAUAUAACGAUAAGUUCACGUACUACAAAUAUAAUACAUUCGGUUGUAGCCAUAGCACAUGGCCUAGAAUAUCUUCGAAGAAAACUUUGUCCUGAUAGCUAUAGUGGCCUGUGUCCAGAAUUUCAUCAACAUAUUCGACAAGAUUCACAAAUGAUUUAUAAUUUUAUCAAACAAAAUGGAUUCAUCAGUCUUGAUGGUAGUCAAUUUCGUUUCACACCAAAAUCCAAUUAUCUUGUUGGAAAUUUAAAUAUAUUUCAUCUGCAACGACAUCAUAAUAUGCUCAUGUGGAACGAAAUUGGCCGUUUCGAUUAUGAGAACGGUUUACAAAUGGGAAAAAUGAAAAUAAAAUUCAAUGCAAUUAACGGUACAACCGUAUCAUUUUCGAAAUUAAUUUCCUUGUGUCAGAAUUCAAACGAAUGUGCAGCAUUAAAAGAGAUGAAUCAAGUGAAUCAAACAUUAUUACCAUUGUUACCAAUGAAAUUAGCGCAGGCAACAAUUGCAUUAUUCAUACCAUUACAUGAUAUAGAAAGAUCAUCAAAUGGCGUGAAUCGUACCUGUGGCCACAUUAAUCCAGAUGUAUUUGAAAAAUUUAUGGCCAUCUACUAUUCACUUGAUCACAUAAACAAUCAACUUCAACAGCAGCAGCAACAACAACAACAACAACGACAAUUGUCCUCAAAUGAACUUCCAACUUCAAAUUUAAAUAUUCUUUUACUUGAUCUUUGUACAUUGAAUGAAGAAAAAUUGACUACCAUUUUGUCUGAUUAUAAUUUUACGCCCAAAGUUGUUGCCGUACUUAGUCUAGCUGGUGAACAAAAUUUGAUGAUCAAUGGUAAUAGAAAUGGCAACGGAAAUAAUAAUAAUAAUAAUAAUAAUGUUGUUCAUCAACUUGGCCAACGUUUUAAGAACCAGUUUUUGAAUCUUCUUGGUGAUUAUAAUCCUUUUGUCUAUAGUUUCCAUCAAUCAUCGAAGAAUGAGAAGCAAAAUUUUUUCUUUACAAACAAUGAAAAUAAUGUGGCUGAGCUUGAUAUGAAAAAAAAUCAUCAAAUGUUAACAUCACGUUUGAUUAUUGAUCUUUGUGUACGAAUGAAAUGGACGACAAUCAAUAUAGUCUAUUCAAAUGAAUUUGUUAGAAAUUAUUUUCAAUUUGAAGCAAAUAAAAUGAAUAUUUGUGUGGAUAAAACCAUACAGAUUACCAUAAAAGAUAUUGGAAGGCCAUUAUUUGCCAACGAAUGGCAAUCAUUCACACAGACAUUCGAUACAAACAUCAUAAUUCUAUUGACCAAUACGGAUAUCAAUGAAUUUCUUAUCAAAUAUUCACCUAAAUAUAUUCUAGAUCGUUAUAUAUGGAUUGGUGAUAAAUAUCUAAAAACAGCGGCAACAAAUUCAUUGAAAAAUUAUCGAAAAAGUGUUGAAUAUGCUAUCGUUUUGAAACGUUAUCAAAAAGAUCAUUCAAUUGAUCAAGAAAUGACCAUGGCAUUAGAUGAUUUAUCGAAAUAUUUUAAUAUCAAUCAUAAACGAGUAGGAAAUAAAAUGAUCAAUAAUUGGCUACAUGAAUAUUGGCAAAGAAAAUUUCAUUGUUCACCGUAUACACAGAAACAUGAUUCAAAAUGUUUUGAUAGUAAAUAUGCCCGUAAAGCAAUGUUGAAUAUCAAAGAUAUUAAACGAUUAAUGGAUUUUGGUAAAACAUUGAGUACAUCGAUAACAAAAUUCGUGGCCAAUAAAUGUCUAAAUGUGACCACAAAUCAACAGCAGCAGCAGCAGCAGCCACAGCAGCAACAACAACAACAACAACAACAGUUCGAUGAACUUUGUCUAUACAAUUUUCAUCUACGAAAUGAACUAAAACAAAAUAUAAUCGAAGAUCUAAGCAAUAAUAAUUAUUAUCUAAAUGAUUAUAAACAAAUCAAUAUAGAUAAUCAUUAUGAAGUUGAAAUAUUAUCAAAUCAGGCCAAAACAAUCAACCUUUUUAAUUCAUUAAAUUGGCCAAAUAUUUCGGAUUUUUUGGCCACACACAUUAAUGGCCGUAGCCAUGUUAUCAAAUGUCGUAUGAGCUGUAACUAUUGUACGUUACAAUUAUCACAAAGUAAAAAUAAAAGUGUUAAUAUGCUAUUUUCUGAUACAUUACAAUCAUCAUUGAUCAGUGAAAAUAAUCUUUAUCGAACAUGGUACAUUGUUCUUUCGAUCUUGUCUACGUUGGGCAUCAUCAUGGUUUUGAUUUGUGUUCUAUAUUUUAUUCUUAUAUUUCCCGUUGCAUUGGGUACAACCAUUAUUGGCUAUCAGAUUCUUGUUGGAUUAUUUUUUUGUUUUUUGAUUAAUUUUGCCUAUUUACUUCCAAUCACUCAUACAGUGUGCUGGGUUCGUCAAUUUGGUCUACCAUUUGCAUAUUGUAUUGUAUUGAGUGGUUUUUUUGUUAAAUCCUAUAAUUAUUGGUGCCAGAUUCUAUUGAAAAAAUCCACCACAACACUACGAUAUAAUACACCAUUUGCGCAGAUUUCCAUAUCAUUGGUUUUUGUCAUCAUGCAAUUAAUAUUAACAUUAAUCACUAUGCAUCAAUUACAAAUUGGUCCUGCUUUUGAUAUGCUAUCCACUCGUUGUACAUUUAUCGAUAUGAAUCGUUUUGUUCUAUCACAACCACAAUUCAUAUUACCAUUAACAUUAUUGGUUAUAUUAUUCGGUUUUAUCAUGUUUUUUACGAUAAAAACUUUUAAUAAUCAAGAAUCCAGAUGGAUUUUUGUUUGUAGCUUUAUAACUGCUUUAAUAUGGAUUGGAUGGCUUACAACAAUCACAUUACAUUUACAUGAAAAAUUCAUCUUAACAAUUGUGGCCAAUUUGACCAAUGCAUUCAUCAUCAUUGUAUUUCUAUAUAUUCGAAAAUUGUAUCUAUUUUCCAAGAUAUCUCGAAAGAUUCUCAAAGAACGACGUAUGAAUAUGGAGGUGACAUUACAGGGUGAACCAUUUGCCGAUAGUCGUCAACAGUAUGGUGCAUUCAAAACCUGUACUGAUCACAUCUCCUGGAGUAAUGUACAUAAUCGAAUCAAUUUUCGACAGGCAACAAGAUCUCCAUUCGAAGGUGACCAAGAAGAUAAUAUUAGUUCAUGUGGAUCGGUUAAAUCGACCAGUUCAUCACAGGUACAAUGUCAAGAAUUAUAUCCAAUGGAAGUGUAUGAUAAUCAACAGCUAAAUAGCAGUAGCAGUAGUAGUAGUGGUGUAUCAUCAUCGAGUAGAGAAUCUAAAAUAACACAAUCAACUCGUUCAAUAUAUGAUCUGAUUGAUGAUGAAAAUAUGAAAUGAUGACAAAAUCAACUUGCCCAACAACGGAUAACAAUGGGUUCCAACUUUUUGAUGAUUGGAACAUAUUUUUUUUUUCUCAAAAUCUGGUCCUCAUCUAUUUCUGGUCAUUAUUCAGUACAAUUUCCUACAAUUAGGAAUGUUUUUUUUUUAUUUCAACACUUUUAAAUGCCAUCCACUCAUUUAUUUUUUAUUUUUAUUUUUUUAUUGAAAAUAAUUUAUCAUUUUCAUUUUUACAACCAUAAAUGAUGAAUGAAUGAAUACAGUGAUUUUGAACAAUAUUGCUGAUUUCAGUGUUUUUUUUCAGAUAUAUACUCUUUCAUAUUAAUUUUAUGAUAAUUUUUG